CCCGCAGUCAGUCAAUUCUCUCGUGUAAUUAGUCGGUAAUUAGUGUAAGUCAAUGCACAUCUUCUUAGUAACUGAUGAUCCCAUGGCUCAAAGCAUAUAAUAGUAUGGUAACCAGUACUUCGGUGUCAUGUGCAUUGGCAUAUUAGUGCAUCAGUAUAGCCUGCAUCACACAUCUGCCUCCAAAGUCCUACCAUUCCCAAAACCCAGGCAAAGGCCAAGGGAAACAAGCUGUACCAUUGAUCCCCUCUACAUCGCAUAGAGCACGGUCCUGCAAUGGAAUCGAGCGGUCUGAGGAAGAGAGUAGCCGAUAUGAUGGAUGGGGGCAAGUACAAGCCAAAAGGCUAUGGGAUGGCCGGCGCCGGCCAGAGGCUCCCAUGUGCGCUGCUUCUGCUGCUGGUUCUCGCCGGCACCGCGUUGAGCGUCGUCGUCAUGCACAAGGUCAGGGAGCAGCGCGCCUUUGCUGUGGUUCUCAAGGAACGGGACGUGCAGGCCGUCUCCCUCCGGAUCCAACUCCAGAAAGAGAAGGCAUAUGGCAAAGAGACGAAGAGGAAGGCGGAAGAAAUGAAGGCCACAAUGUCUUCCCUGAGAACACAGAAGACAGACCUGAAAACAAAGCUCAAGACGCUGGAAGCCACAGCCACAAUCCUCAAGAACGCGCAGAAAGAACUCGAAGCAUCUCUCAAGGAGAGAGAGAGCCGCAUCAGCCAAAUGGAAGGGAAAGCCGCAAAUCUUCACAGCACCCGGAAAGCACUAGAAGCAUCUCUCAAGGAACGAGAAAACCGCAUCAAGCAAAUGCAAGAUAAAGUCACGAGCCUUGAGAAGACUCAGAAAGAACAGGAGCUGUCUCUAAAGGCCAGAGACAGCCGCAUCCGCCAACUGGAAGAGAAAACCGCCGCGGCGUCAAAUCCUGACCAGAUGGCAGCUCUCAUGGAAAUCCUGCAGCGGAAGGAAGCCGAGCUCGAGGAGAUCAAGACCAGGUUCCAGGACUACAGGACUACAGACAGAAAGGUCGUAGGUAGUAAGAGCACUUCGGCACGAACAAACCCAACGACACCUGCCGUUGUAGUAGCAGGAAAGGUUACAAACUCCAGC